AGCCUCUUUGGCUUCAUGCACUACCACCUUGUCUUUUGUGCUUUCGUCCUUCUAUCCUUUUUAUUCCAUAAUGGCUCUCUCUCUAUGGUCUCCUCUGUCCCUUGUUGCAACUUUGCUUCUCAUGCUAACGCUAGCAGGAGCUCAAACAAGUAGCGACCCUUUCAUUCAUUCUCGGGCAGCUUAUUACCCAAAUUCUGAUGAACAAGGAACAGAUAGAGGAGCAUGUGGGUUUGGUUCCUUUGGAGCUACAAUUAAUGGCGGGGAUGUAUCAGCUGCAUCUGACCUCUAUAGAAAUGGUGUUGGCUGUGGCGCUUGCUACCAGGUGAAAUGCACAAACAUGGCCUACUGCUCAGACAAAGGAGUAACCGUAGUUAUAACGGAUUCAGGCUCAAGUGACCGCACUGACUUCAUUUUGAGCAGACGAGCCUUUGGCCGAAUGGCACAAACUACUGAUGCAGCUGCUUCUCUGUUUUCCCUUGGUGUGGUUGAUAUUGAUUACAGACGUGUCUCAUGCAGCUACCCGAACAAAAACAUAACAAUCAAGAUAGAUGAGAACAGUAACUAUCCUAAUUACUUGGCUUUUGUCAUAUGGUAUCAACAAGGCAGGAAAGAUAUCACUGCUGUGCAGCUUUGUGAGACUCAAAAUUUUGGGUGCAAGCUAUUGGAUCGUAGUUAUGGAGCAGUGUGGACCACAACCUCACCCCCAAGCGGACCUUUGUCUCUAAGAAUGUUGUUCAGUGGCGCUGAUGAAGAUGAUCAGUCAUGGGUUGUUCCUAUUAAUAACAUACCUCAAGACUGGAAAGCUGGAGAUACAUAUGACACAGGAGUACAAGUGAACUCAUAGACAAGCUAGAUUUUAUUAUUCUAUUGUCAUAUUUAUUCCACAGCAAUGAUUACCCACUAUAUUCUCCUAUGUAGUUCAUUUGAUUUGUUGCUGUUUUUUUUACUCUUUGCUUUUUAUUUCUUCAGAGAUGGAAAUAGUCUUUAAUAAGAGAGUUAGGAAAACUUCUCAUUCCUGAAUGUAAUCAUUGUAUCAUUGACUAAUAAAAUUCCCCGUUGUCCUGA